GAAGCAGAGAAAGAGAGAGAGCGAGAGAGAGAGAGGACGAUGGCGCCAACACCAGCAUCGAUUCGCUGGUGCACAGUCGCAUUCGUUCUGUCGCUGUCCAUUCUGAUCCAACCGUCGUUUUCCAUCUACUGCGACGAAGAGGAUUGCUACGAUCUAUUGGGGGUAUCGCAAAGUGCUAAUUCUUCGGAAAUCAAGAAAGCUUAUUACAAGCUCUCCUUGAAACAUCAUCCAGAUAAAAAUCCCGAUCCGGAAUCGAAAAAGUUGUUCGUUAAAAUAGCAAAUGCUUAUGAGAUUUUGAAAGAUGAAGCCACAAGGGAGCAAUAUGAUUAUGCAAUUGCACAUCCAGAGGAGGUGUUUUACAAUACAGCUCGCUACUAUCAUGCAUACUAUGGUCAUAAAACGGAUCCCCGAGCUGUCCUUGUGGGUCUGCUUUUGGUUCUUUCAGCAUUUCAGUACCUGAAUCAGUGGACGAGGUAUAACCAGGCUGUAGACAUGGUCAAGAAAACACCAGCUUACAAAAAUAGACUACGGGCUUUGGAACUUGAACGUAAUGGGGGAACAACAAAAAAGAAGAAGAGUCACAAGCAGAUAGACAAGAAUACGGAUGAGGAGCUCAGCAAGGAACUUGAGCUGGACAUAAAGGGAGCUGACAAACCAUCCAUAUGGGAACUUCUUGGUGUCCGGGUCAUACUUUUGCCCUACACUAUUGGGAAGGUACAACUAUCGUUUCCUGUGCAAUUGUUUGAUUGAUUAUUUUUUUAUACUUGUCUACUAAACAUUGUAAACAUUGAACCGAAUCUUAGCAUAUCCUAUACAAUAAUUUCUGAUCAGUUUGUUGUCCUUCCAGCUAUUUUUGUGGUAUGUAUGUUGGUUAUGGAGAUACCAGGUAAAACGGGCUCCAUAUUCUUGGGAAGAUGCUUCCUACCUAACACAAAAAGCCCUAGGGGUCCCUAUUGAUUCUUGGAGAUAUAUUGAUGAAUCAACAAAGGAAGAUCU